AUGAACCAACCAGUCAGCUUAUUAUGUCGCAUCCACCAGUGUGAUGGAAAGCGGCCAUCCUGUACGCAUUGCGUCACUCAAGGCUCAAGCUGUGUGUACCUUACUGCCGCUGGUGAAACCCGAUUUUCCGCACUUAAGAGGAAGUAUAACUCUUUGGAAGAAGAACUCGAAACUCUGCGGAAUCUCUACGGGUACAUCCAAAGUCGUCCACUAUCUGAAGCCCACGACCUGGUGGCUGUCAUUCAAGCAUGUCAGGACCCUACGGAGGCAACACGACGAUUUCUCUUGCAUAAUGACAGCAUUGGAGAUAUAAACGCUUUCGCCGAAGCAGAAAUCUCAAACGUAUUCCUAGCCAGUGGAGAUGUAGAGACGAGUCUGGCUCCAGCACAUUAUCCAGUCCACGUCCUGGCUUACCCCUGGACGACUAUUGCUGGAGAUGAGGUUGUGUCAAAGCUAAUUUCGCAGUUCUUCAUUGCCGAGCGAUCCCUAGUCCUGCCUAUCGUGAAUUCUUCACAGUUUAUCGAGGAGAUGAAAGGAGGCGACACCACGGUCGCUAUGUAUUGCUCACCUCUACUUGUCAACGCAAUCUGUGCACAUCAAUGUUUUUUGUCACCCGAUGAACCAUCACAGAGUACAAAGCGCCGGGAAAUGGGCCAACGCUUUUUAGACGAAGCCUACAUCUUAUUGAGAGGGUCUAAAAGCCGAGCGAAUUUGGUAAUGGCACAGGCAAUGAAUUUGUUGUAUCAAGCAGAGCUUGCAAAGGAUAUUCUGGAUGUUGCCGUUAUUGCGUAG